AUGAACGCCUCGGAUCUCGCACUGCUGCUGCUACUGCUACUGCUGCUGCUGCUGCCGUUGUUGCUGCCAUCCUCCUGCGCCCCGUCCCUCAUCCCCGAAGCCUCUGGAAGAACAUGGGUGCUUAUCUCGGCACUGGAAGCGCCGGCUCAGCCCCCGCCUUACAUAGACCUGAUUCCACCAGCUCAGCCGGUCACGGCAUACCCCUCUGAAGUCUAUCCUCCCACUACCCACGUCCUCCCGAGCCUCGACGUCAGGCCGCGACUGGGCUCAGCUAGCACCUCCUCCUCGGGCAUGGGACAUGCCCACCGCUCUCUAGCAGUACCACAGCCAGGAGCCGUCCUCCAAACGCGAGAUAUCUACUCACAGGCCACGCCGGCUUACAGGAGGGGACUGGAGAUCCACCCUCCUCCCAGGUCACCCUCGUAUCUAGACAACAUACGCCGCAUCCCUCUGUCAUCGACGCCCAGUCCUCACGCCCAAUUUGCGCCGCUCAGGAUGGAGUCUGGGUACGGCCAGAAGUCGCAGCAGACCAUCCCUCCCCUGAACCCCAUGACCCCCCUUGGCGUUCUCCAGUAUGCUGGACAUCAAGCCACCCAAAUCAAGUUUGAGAUCAACGGCAGCAUUGACAAGGGUUUCUUUCUGGCGGAAAACGAGUGGACUUGCUACAGGCGCAACUAUUUCUCCUGCAUUUGUUCCUUCACUCUUCACCCCCUUUAUCCGGGUCAAGCAAUGCAGUUUACCCCGUCGUCGGGACCGCAGACAUCCUUCCCAGUGUAUGGGUUUGCGAUGAACAUAUCUGCCGUCGUGGCGGACAGCGAUACUCAAGCCAUUGAUCUUGUCCAACACACCCCCAAGAGGGACAAGGGACCCAUUGCCAAGCCCGAGAAGGUACGACUGCAGCCGAAGCCGGCGCAACAGCAACAGUUCACGCCAAUGGGGCAAAUGGCCAUGUACGGGCAGUCUGACGCUGGCCUGCCUCCAGCGAGACCUUACGACCCGGCGUUUGGGCAGGGACAAGGGUCGGUACUGACGGAGCACACAUACGAGCGAAUCCAAUUCAAGCAAGCGACCGCCAACAACGGCAAGCGCAGGGCUGCGCAACAGUACUACCACCUUCUCGUUGAGUUGUAUGCCGACGUUGGAGGUUCGGGAAACGACCAAUACAUGAAGAUAGGGUAUCGAAAGUCGGCAAAGAUGAUUGUGCGAGGCCGGUCUCCCGGGCAUUACCAGUCGGAGAGGCGAGGCAGUACGGGUAACGGGCCGUCAGGGGGCUCUGGCCUCGGGGACGGGUACGGGGCCGGCAUGUUGGGCCAUCCCUUCGGCGCUGGACCAUCUCUCAUGACGAAUACCUACGGCGGAGGCUACGACCCGAGGCAUUCUCAGUCGUAUAACACGCGUCAUCACAACGAACUUCACAUGGAGCCAACACUCUCCCACGAGGAAGCCAAAGGUAUCGACGAAACCAAGGCUUACCAAUAUUAUCCAACUCCCAUCUACGAGGGCGAGCAUGACCAGAGGAACCCCGUCGAGGUUUUCCAGCAUCACCACAGGAGUGAGUCGGAGAGCAUCGUGCACCCGACGACGAGCGGCCUCGACCACAGCUCCAAAGUUAAAUCCGAGUAUGACGGCGCCUUGCCCAAUGCCUUCUAUCCCACCUCGUCGUUCUAUUCACAGCGGUGCGGCCGGUUCGAAGGCAAGGCUAGCACGGCCGGAUAUUAUCCCGCCAUGAUCCCGCCGUCGUCAACCCUGAACAUGACGUCUUGA